GCCUUCUCUCUGAUCGAAGCAACCUGCAUAUUUUCAUUUCACUGCCUCUCCUUUGCUCGCACACAAAACACACAUUUUUGAUUUUCGGGUUUGUCUUGGAAAUCAAAUCUCCUGCCUCUCUUCUCAACUCUCACAACAUCGGGUAGAGGAAUUUUGUUCAAGCAAGUGGUCAACAAGCUAUUUUCUUACAGAGGUGACCUAUUCUAGUUAAAAUAAUAAACUUCGAAAAAACUUGCUUUCUCAAUCUCCAAAUAACCCCUGAGCUUCAUCAUUCUUUUAAAAAUUCCUCAGCAUUUUUACACACAAAAUUCAACAAGUUUCUGAUGGAUCCACCCACCCAAACAUCCCCAAGCCACCACCACACUUCAGCCUGCACCAACUGUGGCGGCCCAACAGCAUUCCCACCACCCCCACACAUCUCUGACAUCAACUCGCCACCACCAGUUUAUGUACCCAUUAGAGCACCUGCUAAUUAUCUCCCCCCAAAUCCCCAAAACACCCAACAAGCUAUUAUGCUCACCCCAGUUCCUCAAUCCCAAGAAACCCCUAUUCUUGACCCCCCUUACAAUUUCCAAACCCCCGUUAAGAAAAUCACUUGUCAAUCUGAUAUACAUCAUUUUCAAUCCUCACCCACUUGUAAAAACUUCCUGGGGUUUGUUGUUUCACUGUCCGAAUCAAUUAGGGGUCAUAAACUGUCUGACCCGUGUAACCAAUCAGGGAAAAUAAUGUGUCUUUUGUCAGUUCUUGAAAACCUAGAGAAGUUUGUCGAUGAGAUUCCUCCAUUGCCUCAAGCUGCGAGAUAUGGGAACUUAGCGUAUCGAUCUUGGCAUGAGAGAAUGACCGAAAAGGCCGAGUCUUUUGUGCUGGAGUUACUUGUGGAUGAUCUAAAGGGUGCUGUUGUUGAGCUAGUUCCUUAUUUUACUGAUAGUUUUGGGAAUUGGAACAGGGUAGAUUACGGGACUGGUCACGAGACAAAUUUUGCUGCAUUUUUGUAUUGUUUGGCUAGGUUAGGUGUUAUUAAAACUGAGGAUUAUCAUGCUGUUGUUUUGAGAGUGUUUGUUAAGUACUUGGAUUUGAUGAGGAAGUUGCAGUUGGUUUAUAGUCUUGAGCCUGCAGGGUCUCAUGGUGUUUGGGGGCUUGAUGAUUAUCAUUUUCUGCCGUUUAUAUUUGGGUCGUCUCAGUUAAUUGAUCAUAAGUAUAUGAAGCCAAAGUCUAUUCAUAAUGAUGAUAUUAUUGAGAACUUUUCGAAUGAAUAUUUGUAUCUUUCGUGCAUUGCGUUUGUGAAAAAGGUGAAAAAAGGUUUGUUUGCUGAGCAUUCACCUCUGUUGGAUGAUAUUAGUGGCGUGCCGAAUUGGAAGAAGGUCAAUGGUGGUUUGCUUAAGAUGUACAAGGUGGAAGUGUUGGAAAAGGUUCCUAUCAUGCAGCAUUUCUUGUUUGGAUCAAUCAUUCCGUGGGAACAAUAAGGUACGUAAGUUGACAUCAGCUACAUGAAGCUUUCCUGGAGAAGAAUACAAACAAUGAGAGUAGCGGGGAUUUAUUAUAUAUGUUUGUGGAGGUUACUUGUCGAAUUAAUGACUAGUUAUGUAUUCUCUCUUUACAAACUAUGAUGUAUUUAGCAAUUAGACUUGGAAGUGGCUACAUGUUCCUGAGCAUCCCUGCAGGCAGGUUGUACAAUUUUGCUUUUACUCUUUUGAGUUUUAAGAUUUUAUAUCUCCGUGUAUUCUAUAUUCCUCUAGAAGUUACUCAGCAGAGUUUAUAUUAUGUUAAGAUUAUUGUGGUGA